CUAUUUCGAUACUGCAACAGAGUCCAAAUCACGGGGUAAAAUCAGCGUUGGUAUGAUUCACUAACUCCGGUGAUGAUGGCCAAGACAGGGGAACUACCGGGAUGCGCUAGUUAGAAGGAUUUCCUACUGCGAAAACUCUGCUUUGGGGAAAGUGGGGGUUUCAUCGAUUGCAAGUGAAUUGCUAGGAGUAGAAUAGAAAUAGAUCGUAAUUACUACGUGGACAUCAAUCGAGUCAGAGUGGGGAAUAUCUCUUAUCAUCCCACCUUUACUAGUAAUUGAAAUUGUAACGAAUGAUAGUAAAGCAGGUUUAAGUAUGAAUUUUCAAGAACAAUUCUGCAGAAAAUUCCUUGAUCAAACAGAUCGGUUGAUUAAAAGGAAAGCAAUUAUUUAACAAAAGGAAAAAUACGAACUUCAAAGAUAGUUGAUAUUACUAGGAAGUCAAAGUCGAUUUAAUAGUGAAGUCGUUAUUCAAGAGACUGACGAGAAUGGAGUUUUCGGAUCUACCCAGGUUUGAAGAUUUCGUUAGUGGAGUUUUCUCAGUACUCGGGCAUCUGAAAGUGUGGAGAAAAAAUGAUAUUUCACCAGUUAGAAGAAUAUUUGAUUUUCUAUUGGUUGCAUAUUUAAUGUUCUUCAAUGUCCUGUUGAUUAGUUCUGAGUUUUUGGAUGUAGGAAAUUGCUACGAUUUAUCCAGUUUUGCUGCUCACAUUAAUCCACUAUUUUUACAUUGCCUGGGAUUUUUUAAGUGGAGUUAUUGCAUACUUCAUCAUAGGGAUAUUGUAGAAUUGGUCGAGUGCAUGGAGAGGUGUCAUAAUUUGUCUAUGAAGAUUAAUCUACAGGAUAUCGAACUUCAAAGGUAUAAACUAAAAUUACUCACGUGUCAAAAAAAUUCAACGCUAUUUAUGAACGCAUGGUUUUGCGUAGCAAUUGGUGGAGUAAUCCAGUGGUGUACAAACCCAGUGAUUUAUGAUUUUUAUGAGCAAUAUUAUGACGGGAAAAUCAUUCAAUCAAAUGCAAUGAGACGUUUGCCUUAUCCGGGAUUAUUCCUGUGGGAAAUCAACAGCAUUUCACGAUAUAUUACGAGCUUUGUUUUCCAGUUAUGGGGUGGAAUUGGAUCCACAGUGGGAGUCGCUGUCUUCGAUGUAUUAACUUUAACGUUCAUGAUGUAUAUUUGCGUUCAAUUAGAAUACUUAAAGGAUACGUUAACCGAUAAAAGUAUAGAGAGAAAAUGCGUGUAUAAUAAGAUUCAGAUUUAUGAAUUGGAGAAAAAAUUAAAAAAUUGUGUAGAACAUCACAGUGAAAUUCUAAUAUUUAUUAUUAAACUGGAGAAAUUUACAACAGGGCCAAUGUUUGUUCAAUGCAUAGGGACUAUUACUGCUCUUUGUUUGAUAUCUUUUGAGGCCUCAACGAUUCAAUUCAACGGGAGCAUUGAACCUAUAAUGAAGACAAUUAUGAUGGUCGAAUACUGGAGUAGUAUCGUAGCUGAACUAUUUCUGUAUUGUUAUAUUGCUUCUAAAAUUGGACAAUUGGGAAUGGACGUAGGUCAAGCAGUUUAUGCUAGCAAAUGGGAGCAGUCCUAUGUGGCAUAUUCGAUGGAUAUUGAGAGCAAAAGAACAAUUUCCACCAUCACUACUAUCAUUCAAUUCAGUAUCAUGCGUGCCCAACGUCCAAUUCUUAUAACCGGUGGUGGUUUUUAUAUUCUGUGUUUACCAACUUUCAAAGCUCUUGUGGGACUGUCUGUGUCAAAUGCUCUUAUACUUCGACAACUCCAAGAAGAUAAUUAAUGUAAAUGUGUACGUAAAUAUUCGUAAAUGUAGAACUGAUGAAUUUUUAUUAAGAAUAUAUGCAGAAACUCACGCUGUAU